AUCAACAUACCUAACAUGCAAGAACUUAAUAAUAAUGAGCGACUGAACUCACUUCAGUUGUCUUCUAAGACACAUCCAGUAGCAAUGUGGUCGUUAUAUUUAUUUGUGUUUUCGGGGUGUUUUUUACUAAAAGUGGAAACCAAAAGCAGCCUAACCUUCGUUAUAGAUGACACAUAUUCUAUGUUCGAUGAUAUAAACCAAGUGAAAGAGAAUACUAAUUUGGUAUUUGAUGCAGUGUUAUAUUCUAACGAUUCGCAAAUUGACAACUUUAUAAUUGUUACCUUUAAUGACCCAGUUUCGGAAAAUAAAGUAUUAACAGUAACAAAAGACAGAGCGACAUUUAAGUUAGCCCUAGCUUCCAUAUCUGUGCACGGGGGAGGUGACUGCCCAGAGCACUCCAUGAGUGGGAUAGAGAUGGCGCUGGAAGUCAGCCACCCCUCAUCCUACAUCUACGUGUUUACCGACGCCACCGCCAAGGACUAUAUGAAACUCGAAAAAGUGAAAAAUAUGGCCGUGAGCCAGCAAUCACAGGUAGUAUUUCUUCUGACGGGAGACUGUGGUAUGACAAAAAACAACCCCGAAUACGCAGCGUACUAUUCCAUCUCGAAAGCCACUGAUGGAAAAGUGUUCCACAUGCAGAAGUCUAACGUUGGCGAGGUAAUAAACUAUGUUGCGGAGACUAUUGAAAGCAAAAAGACUAAAUUGGUAGAAAAGUCACUUCCCCCUGGUCAUCAUGAAGUGAAAUAUAAAGUGGAUGAAACUGUGAAAGAUACUACCAUUGUCUUGACCGGCGACAAAACGACUGAGGUGAAAGUUUUCCAACCAAAUGGGACAGAAUCAGAAACUAAAACUAUUGUGGACAUACCUAGCACUAAGGUUUUGAAGAUAUCAUACCCAGAACCUGGCAACUAUACAGCCAAAGUGGACAGUGGGGCUGAAUCCACACUGACCGUUACGGCCAAAACUUCGUUUGAUUUUCGCCAUCGAUUUUCGCCAUUGUUGAGUACUUCUAUAGAUGCAAUGUCCAAUCGACCAAUGGCAGAUGUCAACUCGUUUAUAAUGAUACAACUAGAAACUCCAGAUGAUAUCAAGUUGAGAACAAUUGACAUCGUAGAUUUUGAUGAUAAUGUACUUAUGGCGUUUGAUGCACAAGUUUUGGAUGAAAAAAGAAAAAUAUACUAUGCUUCCCGAUUCGUGCCGCCGACCAAUCAGUUUAAGAUUGUUAUUAAUGCUCAAAUUUCUAAGACGGGUGAAGUGAUAAGAAGGUACAGUAAGCCAGUAGAACCACAACGACCGGAAUUAGUGAAAUCAUUACCGAAAGAUCCAACAGUGGAGAUUAUGGAAGGGGCCAAAGUAUUUGCAUUCUACAACGACCUGUUGAAAUUUACCUGCAAAGUUAAAGGGUAUCCUGAACCUACCGUCAUUUGGGAGCACGUGGAGUCAGGGACAAAAAUUAAUUCUGAAUUUUCAGUGAUAGAACCACCAUAUGACUACAUGAGUACCAUGCGUGUUAACAUCAAAAGGAGUGGUACAUACAGAUGUAAAGCUUCGACCAAUGGUGUCGACGCUAGCGGCAUUAUGGAAGUCACUGUGAAACACCCAAUCGAACGACCCGUUAUAAAUAAAGGCAUUACAAAAGUUAAUAUUAUAGAAGGAUCAGAUGUAAAAUUAACUUGCAAUUUGUUAUCCGGUAAGGCAAACACAAGCAUUACAUGGAGGGACUUCCAUGCAGAUUCAGACGGAUAUAGUCUGUACACGUCUGGUGACAAAUCUACUCUUGUUCUCCACAAAGUGAAGAGAGACCAAGCCGGUAGCGUGAGGUGUGAGGCACGGAAUACUGCCGGCUCCGAUCAUCAUUACGUUAGGUUAAAUGUUGAAUAUCCACCAACAAUACGAAAAGAUAAAAGGAGUGUUAUUUUGAAAGAAGGAGCAUCCAAAACUUUGUAUUGUACAACAGAAGGGAAUCCCAAACCACACGUGAUAUGGACUUUAAAUGAUAAAAUCGUCGUCUCGAAUAAAGAUCAUCAUAUAUACAGAGACUACAGUUUAAAAAUCAAACCCAUCGGGGAGAAUAGUGGUAAUUACACAUGUCAAGCGCGAAACAAGCUCGGCACAGAUAAAAACACGAUUGAAGUCAAAUACAUAGUGCCAAUAAGCAUAGAGAUACCCGAAAGAAGCACCAUAGAGACACGCGUCGGGAGGAAUAUAAAAUUGGAGUGCCAUGCUAGUGGAUACCCUGAGCCAACUACAGAGUGGACCUUCAGGAGCAUGGAGCCUAAAGUUGCUCCAAAAAUUUUAAAGGGUGACAGUAGUGGGUCGCUGUCUCUGAAUGGCUUGACGUAUAGCGACGACGGCUUCUAUACUUGCAACGCGAGCAACAUUGGUGGCGAAACCAAUAUCACUUAUCAAAUUAACGUUUAUGGUCCUCCAGAAAUAGUGAACGUUGAAAAUACAAUAUACAGAGCCGUGGAAGGUGACCUCGCAGUACGUAUCCCUUGCAAAGCUGUUGGUAAACCGAAACCCAUUAUUACUUGGACUUUUUCAGGCUUCAACAUUGCUAAAGGCACAGAGUUCUACGACAUUGGAGAUGACGGAACUCUGGUGGUAAAAAACGUGGAUGUCAAAUCAAGGGGAUACCACUUGUGCAAGGCGGCGAAUCGUUUGGGUACAGACCAAAAAUACUUCUUGAUAGAUGUUAGACGUUCUCCAUAUGACGAGCCAACCUCAUCAGUUGUAGCACUAAAGGAAGGGGAGAGUGCUUUGGUUAAUUGCAGCAUUCCUCACGAAAUCGGAAGCAAACUAAGAUGGUUCAAAGAUGGAAGGUUGAUAUCAGAGGGGGAAUUAAUAAUACAUGAAGCAAAAGCUGAAGAUUCAGGCCGGUACAACUGUAGGGUUAGCACAUUUGUUGGUGCCAGCUCGGCUACUGUUGAAGUGAUAGUAGCUUCUGCGCCGGAGUUUCAGACCGAACCAGAGACAAGCAUAGAGUUUGACGAGAGGUCCUUCGUUGAGCUCGAUUGCACGAAUUAUGCUGAACCUGCUGCUAAGACGGAAUGGUAUUUUAAUGGAAAACGAGUGGACACCGACAGCGAAACACAUUACUUUCAAAUGCAGUACUCUGAUAUUGGAGAAUACAAGUGUGUAGUGUCUAAUGAAGUUGGAAGCAUCAACCGGACUUUUGUUAUUAAAUCACAUGAUUGUGCCUUGCAUAUACAAAACGAUUUCACUGGAAACUUGCCAUCAAUAUUCGUGCCUCAUUAUCUAUCAUUGAUAACAGCUGGUGACUAUAUGUACAUUCCUAAGGGCCUAUCCCUCGAUCUGUCAUGCCCUAGGAGUUUCAAAAAUAUACCGAAGUCAAAGAUUUCUGCCACAUGCAUCGAAGAAACUAAAUUUGCAGUCGACGAUAGGGUUUAUAAUUUUGAAGAUUUUAAAUGUUUUUCUAAAAGACAGCUUGAGAUUUCAAGGAGAGGUUUUCGAUGUAGUCACAUCGACUCCGAAAUAGUUGAUGUUGGAUUUUAUAUAGAAGGCAAAUUUUCUCCCGUGUAUGAAGUUUGUGUGAACAAAAGGAAUAACAUGCCAAUUUUCACAAAAGUUGCAUUAAGACGAACUUUAUCUGGUGUGGCUCCGAAAAAUCCUGAAUGGUUUGAAAGUACACAUGUACCUUUUAACUUCCAAACUAUGUACGAUUGUCGUAAACAGAAUUUAGAGAUAUCACGGGCUUUAAACAGAUGGUUCCCUGUGGAUGAUCAGUGUUGUUUUGGGAAGAGACAAUUGGUUAGCCCUAAGGACGUGAUGCCUGGACUUUCCCAAGUGGCUACUUAUAGCAAUUUGAAUUUGAUCGCUCAGUGGAGCUCCUGUCAUGCUGAGAAUUGGGACAAUUUGGAAGAGCGCAUUCGUCUGCUAGCAAAGACGACGGACAAGAAAUUGCUGCUGUGGACAGGCCAGGCGGACUCGUUAACUCUGAGGGACUCCGGAGGACACCUCAUCAAUGUCACUCUCUCUGACGGGGACAGAAGGCAACCGGUGCCCAAGUAUUUGUGGAAGGUAAUCCAAGACCCGUCAUCGCGUAGGUCCCUGGCCAUCAUCCAAGUCAACAUUCCUGACCUGACUCCCUCGGAAGCUAGUAGGCACGUCCUUUGCGCCGACGUCUGUGACAGAGUCGCCUGGAUGAGUCACGGAACCUGGCGUGACGUCACAAAAGGAUUUACCUACUGCUGUGGCGCCCGCGAGUUUGAAAAAGCUUUCGGUUAUAAAAACACUUUCAGUCGCGGUGGAGACGACAUUCUGAGUAAUAUUGAGUACAUUUCGACGAGUUCCUUAGUAGUUUAAGAAAGUUAUUUUCUUUGAUGAAAAUUUAAUAGUAUUUAUAAGAUUAAUUGGCAUGUGAUAUUUUAAAAAAUUAAGAAUACAAAAAAUUCCAAAAUGGUUA